UUGCUGAACGCACAGGCCAGCUCCCACAGGAUCAGGAUCUACGAGCGGGAGGACUACCGAGGCCAGAUGGUGGAGCUCACUGAGGACUGCUCCUCCCUGCAGAACCGCUUCCACUUCAGUGACAUCCACUCCUUCAAUGUGCUGGAGGGCUCCUGGGUCCUCUAUGAGUUGCCCAACUACCGGGGGCGGCAGUACCUGCUGAGGCCAGGGGACUACAGGCGCUACCACGACUGGGGGGCCACCAAUGCCAGGGUGGGCUCUUUGAGGAGAGCUGUGGAUUUCUAUUGAAAUGUUGUUACUCUACCCUUUCCUCCAUGCAGAAGUUAAUAAAAUAUUUCCUG